AUGGAUGUUUAUCAUCAAUUUCUUGAACCGACGGUUUGCACGCACUCUCUGUCUGCAAAUUUUACGAACUCUGUCAAGAAUGAUUUGAUAAUCGCCAAGGGGACACUCUUACAGAUCUUUGAAGUCAUCAAUGUUACCAUAGAAAACAAGCAGGACGAAGAACAACCAGACUUGGAGUUAAAUGGUGCUGCUUUUGGUAUUGGUGAAAUCAAUGAAGAUGCACUGAAUGUGGCGGCAAUUGAUUUUUCUCAGAAUGUCAAGUUGUCACUUGUGGCAGAAUACAAGUUGGACGGUCUUGUGACAGACCUGUGCAAGAUACGAACUAUCGAAGAUUCACAUCAUGAUUAUGUGCUGGUUGCUACGAAGGGAGUCAAAUUUUCUAUGAUCAAAUGGGAUCAAUCAUCGAAUUCCAUAUCAACGGUCAGUUUACAUCAUUACAAAAAGAUUGUGGAGAAUUCGUUGAUAGAUAAAUUCAAUGUCGACACGAAGUUAAUUGCAGAUCCCAAUAACCAUUGCUCGUGUUUGCUAGCUAAUGAGAUCUUGUUUUUUCUACCGUUUUUACAGCAUGAGGUGGAUGAAGAACUAGAUGGUAAAUUCGUAGAGAACAAAAAGCUGUAUUCUAACACUUUUUUGCAGUUUUCCAAUGACUUGCAGCCAAACAUCAAAACUAUUAUAGAUAUUGAAUUCCUGCAUGGCUACUCGGAGCCAACUUUGGCUGUCCUAUACACUUCUUUCCCUACGUGCACUGGCGCUCUUCCCAAAGCAAAGGAUACUGUCAGCUUACAAGUUUUCUCAUUGAAUCUACAAAACAAAGCAAGUACCAGCAUUAUUGAAGUAAAUAACCUUCCUUAUGACACUGACAGGAUUCUACCACUGUCUUCUCCUUUGAAUGGAUGCUUGCUCAUCGGAGCGAAUCAAAUUAUUCAUCUAAAUUCCAUGGGUACCGCUAAGGGAAUAAGUUGCAACCUGUUUGCUGCCAAGUGCUCUAAUUUCAAACUAAGCGAUCAAUCAAACUUAGACUUGAGGCUUGAGAAAUGUGUACUUGGACAAGUUUAUAAUGAUAAAGUGAUUCUGAUCACCGAGAAGGGUGCCUUUUAUGCUUUUAGCUUUGAUAUUGUUGGAGGUGUCAGUUCGAUAAAUGAAAUUCAAAAGAUCGCUGCUGAAAAGUAUCAAGGUUUAGUGCUUUCAUUGCCAACCAUGUUCACUAACAUAGAUGGGAAGACUUUCUUUAUUGGAUGCCAAGGUUCUGACAGUGUUCUGUUUGGUUCCAAGGCGCGCUUGAACACUCAGAAUGUCGAUGUCAACGGAAAAUCAAAGGUUAUAACUGAGGAAGAUGCCUUAUACGAAGAAGAUCUUUAUGCAGACGAUAUUCAGAAUGUGGCUCAAGGAAUUGAUCAUAUAGAUUUUGUUAAACUAGACUCCCUGCUAAACAUAGGCCCUAUAACAAACUUUACAACUGGUUCUAUUGAGUAUAGAUCCAAGCUGCAAGGUCUUCCGAAUCCAAAUUGGAAUGAUGAAUGUAUUAUCGCAGCUGGAGGAUUACAUGAAUCCGGCCAGUUAAGUCUUAUACAGCCUACGAUUUCUCCUACUGUGAGAUCUUCCUUAACGUUUAAUAAUGUGGAGAAACUGUGGACCUUGGAGGAUGAGAACGGAGAUUCGCAUUACUUGAUUACAACUGACUCCAAAAAAGCCAACACUGAAGUGUUCUUGGUUAAACAAAACUACAAACAUUACUCUUCCAAGGGAUUUGUUACUGGGACUUUCACCAAACAUAUAGCAGUCAUCCCUGGUAAGGAUGGAACUGGUAGCUAUGGAGAGUCACGUAUAGUGCAAGUGACUGCUGAGAAUGUGAUACUUUAUGAUUUCAAGCUCAAGAAACUUUUGUCAUUGAGUUAUGAAGGUGAUGACAUAGUGUCUGUUGAUACUUUUGAAAACUACAUGCUAAUUACUAAAGAGAGCGGUAUGGCUGAUAUUUUGCACUAUGACGAAGAGAUUGAGGCAGUGGAGCAUGGUGAUAAAAAAGAGUCAGAUGGAGAAACCUCCAGUAAAAAGUCCAAAACUUCCAAGAAAGGUAGAAAAAGACGAAGGAAGGAGGAGAAGAUGGAAGCAUUUAGGGUGAAUCACAAGCUCGAUGUGAUCCCACUCCCUAAGGCUCUUAGUCAAAAUGACUAUAUUUUUAUUACUGGAUGUAUUGCUAACUCUGACAUUUUGAACAAAGUGGAUAUAGGCUACAACAACAUAAUUUUAGAAAAUGGAGAAAAAGGUAAAAAAAGUCUUGUUUUCUUUCUUGUUACAGCAGAGAAUUCAAUUGUGAUGUUUCUUGAAAACCAUAAGGAAAAGGUGUUCAAGUUGAGCGAGGCCAAAGACUUUUCGACUUUCUUGAACAUCGAACUAAUCAAAGUCGGUGAAAUUGGCCAACCAGAUCCCUUUAUCAAACAAAUCACCGUUAGUGAAAUUGGUGACGAAAUUGAAAAGCAGGUAUACCUAACUAUUUUGACCAUUGGGGGUGAAGUGAUAAUCUAUAAACAAGUGCUAAACAAGGACUCAGGUACAUUCCAGUUUAUCAAAGACAACUAUUCCGCAAACAUUACCAUUACUGGCGCACCAGAUAACGCUUAUCCUCAGGGAACAAAGUUAGAGAGAAGAUUGAUAAAGUUAAACAAUAUAGGAGAUUCCAAGCUCAGCACUCUAUUCGUGGUAGGGGUGAAGUCUUUCUGGAUUACGAAAAGACAUUCUUCAUCCAUCAAUAUUCACCAAUUUACAAAACUAUCUACUAUUUCUUGUGCCAGAUUCAAUACAUCAAGAUGCAAAAACGGUCUAAUGAUAAUCGAUACCAACAAAGCCGCCAGGAUGGUAGAAAUUCCUUCAAACUUGGAGUUGUCUCAAAGACUUCCAAUUAGAAGAGUUCCAGUUGGUUGCACUAUCAAAUGUGUUGCAUUUCAUAAAGCAUCUAGAACGUUUGUUGUCUCAACAGUGGAAGAAACUCCGUACAAUUGUGUCGAUGAGGAGGGAAAUCCCAUUGUUGGGGUGGACAACACAAUAAACAAACCUGCCAGCUCGUUCAAGAGUUCAAUUAAGUUGAUAUCGCCCAUAAGUUGGACAGUAAUUGAUAGUUUUGAUUUGGAAGACGAGCAUGUGUGUAUGAGUCUUAAAUCCAUGACUUUGAACACAUCCAGAAUUCCAAUGUUUAAGAAUCUGAAAGAAUAUUUGGUACUGGGUAUCUCUAAUUACCGUAUGGAGGAUCUUGCCUCAAAUGGGCAAAUUAGAAUUGUCGAUGUAGUGGACAUCAUUCCUGAACCAGGCAAACCUGAAACUAACCACAAGUUCAAGGACAUCUUUCAGGAUGCUACUAAGGGUGCAGUUACUUCAGUAUCCGAUAUAAGUGGGAGAUUUGUCAUUGGCCAGGGUCAAAAAAUUAUUGUUCGUGAUUUGCAAGAGGACAAUACAGCUCUACCAGUAGGUUUCGUUGAUACCCCAUUUUAUGUAUCAGAAACCAAGAGUUUCCAAAAUUUGCUGCUGGUAGGUGAUUCUAUGCAUAGCGUAAUUCUUGUUGGGUUUGAUGCCGAGCCUUACAGGAUGAUAAGUCUAGGAAAAGACGUUGCGCACGUUGAUGUGUGUGCAGCCGAUUUCGUUGUCUUUGAAGGAAAUUUAUUCAUAAUUAUUGCAGAUGAGGACGGCAUGUUGCACCUUAUUCAAUACGACCCCGAAGAUCCAGCAUCAAUGCAAGGACAGAGACUGUUAAGAAGGUCAAUAUUCAAAACCAAUCAAUAUACGACCUGUAUGAAAAUGAGAGAAAGAAAAUAUGUCAUAAAACCCCCAAAGAACCAAUUCACAAACUUCUCGGAGGCAUUUGAAGUUGUUGCUGCAAAUUCAGAUGGCUCUUUCUAUAAGGUUACCCCAAUUUCAGAAGCUACAUACAGAAGACUGUACGUUAUUCAACAACAGAUCUUUGAUCAAGAAAAUCACAAAUGUGGAUUGAACCCUAGAGAAAACAGAUACUUGUCGGAUCAGUAUUCGAUACCAAAUCAAAGGCUAAUCUUAGAUUUUGACAAUAUCAGGCGAUUCCUGGAGUUUGACGAGAUUAAGAAACGUGAUUUGGUGCAUAAAUUGGGCAGAAACACUUAUUCUGAGUUUUACAGAGAUCUCUUGAAUCUACAGGAGCUCUAG